AUGGGCAAGUGUUACUCGUGGUUGUCUUUGCGGGCCUUUGUGAUUGAAGGUGUUCCUGAAGGUGGGUGUGGAGAGGGUGUCAAGCCAUUUGAAGCGCUGGCCGCGUCGUUGGCGCACGUGGGGAGGUGUCUCGGCGGCGAGUCUGAAAACCUUUGGUCUUUUCCGCAGAACUUCUUCCGGCUGCACAAGUUGCGGCGGCUGGGCCUGAGCGAUAACGAGAUCUCGAGGCUGCCUCCGGACAUCCAGAACUUCGAGAACCUGGUCGAGCUCGACGUCUCCAGAAAUGACAUUCCCGACAUCCCCGGACAACGAAAGAAAGCUCAAGGCGUUCUGCAGGUGGCGGACUUGCUGCGAAAGCACCCAUCCCCCAGACUACCUGGCGGCUUCACCCAGCUGAAAAACCUAACGGUGCUGGGACUCAAUGACAUGUCCCUCACCAACCUGCCUUAUGACUUUGGAUGUUUGGUGAACUUAACAUCAUUAGAACUGAGAGAAAACUUGCUCAAGGGAUUGCCUGAAUCGGUCUCCCACCUUACGAAGCUCGAGAGACUGGAUAUUGGAGACAAUGAUAUCGAAGAGCUGCCACCGCACAUAGGCGACCUGCCAGCCCUGCAGGAACUCUGGCUGGACCACAACCAGAUAUCCCAUCUACCCCCAGAGACGGGCUGCCUCAAGAACCUCCUGUGUCUGGAUGUGAGCGAGAACCGGCUGGAGGACGUACCUGAGGGCCUAGCUGGCCUUACCAACCUCACAGACCUUCACCUCUCACAGAACCUCAUUGAAAGCCUCCCUGAUGGCAUUGGGGCCCUCACCAAGCUGGCCAUAUUCAAGGUGGACCAGAACAGGCUCAUGACCCUUAACCCCAACAUUGGGAAAUGCGAAAACCUGCAGGAGCUCAUCCUGACAGAAAAUCUGCUUACAGAACUCCCAGAUACUAUAGGCAAUCUCACAAAACUCACAAAUCUUAAUGUUGACCGUAACAGAUUAAGUGAUCUUCCGCCACAAAUUGGGAAACUGGUCAACUUAGGGGUUUUGUCUCUCCGGGACAAUCGCCUGCAGUAUCUUCCACCAGAGACAGGCAACUGCCGUGAGCUUCAUGUCCUUGAUGUCUCUGGUAAUCGGUUGCAGUACUUGCCCCUGACUAUCACAGCUCUUAACCUGAAAGCAGUAUGGUUGAGUGAGAAUCAAGCCCAACCCAUGCUUAACUUUCAGACUGAGGUGGAUGAAGUGUCUGGCCAGGAAGUGUUGACAUGCUUCCUUCUCCCGCAGCAGGAGUAUCAACAUGAGAGUCUUGAGUACUGUGGUAUGGCUGGUAGCGAGGGCAGGCUGUACCGCACUGGCGACCUGAGCACCGAUAAUCUGACCGCCAUCGGCCCCGCAGUAAAUGAAUGGGCUCCUGAGGACGACGACAGCUACGGGCUCAACGAUCAGCUGGAAGUGUCAAGAGUCUCCGUGGUCAAGUUCAGGGAAGAACCCGAAACUGAGGAUGGCAAAGAGAGCAACUUUGUGAGGCACAACACACCACACCCACGAGAUCUCAAGGCCCGAGCGGAAAAACUCUUUGGGAAGGGAGGCAAGACAAGUGACGGACCACUGGUUACUGCUGGAGAGCUCAUGGACAAAGGUGAGCCUUUCCGUCCACAGAGAGCAAGCCCUCCACCACCUGUUACGGGACAAACCAAGCAAGAGGUGGUCGAGUUUGCAGAUGUUGAAAUAAGGUCAAAAGUACACCAGGAGGUGCGAAUAGAGGCAGAACCUUCUUCAACACAAGAUACAGAGCCAGGAGAGUCCAGUGUGGAUGACAACAGUCAGCUUGGUAGUGAGAAGCAUGUGGGCUUUGAACUGGAUGGGGGUAGCGUUGAGCCUAGUGAAGAAGACCAGGAGAACCACGAACGACCAAGUCGACUUCAAAGACGAGACACGCCGCAUCACUUGAAAAACAAACGGAUCAGCCCCUCUACAAAGAAUGCUGAUCUGGAGAAAGUUGCUUCCAUUAUUGCUCAGCCCCUGCGAAGUGAAUUGCGCAGACAGCAGGCUAUGCAGCGAGGAGAAGGCAGUGAAGGAGACAGUGUCCACGACCAUCCUGGAUCAGGUUCCGAUGCUGAUAGUCGCUCCAUAGUUUCAGAAACGGGUCCCACAGUUGUUGUUGAGGUUAAAAAGUUUGAGGUUAAUGUGGAGCGGACCACAGGAGGCCUUGGACUGUCAAUUGCAGGGGGCCACGGGUCAACACCGUACAAAGGAGAUGAUGAAGGCAUCUUCAUAUCCCGUGUUACUGAUGGGGGUCCAGCCCAUAUGGCGGGAUUGAGAGUAAGUGAAUGGAUGUAGACUGUGGAUACUGUUGAUUCUGA